CGCAGAGCAAAGAAAGGGUAGGCGGGUUCUUCUAUAUGAUGACUGCCUCUUUCCCUCGUCUCGUGUUGCAAAAGCUCUUUUGACCCACUCAGCACACAAUCAAUUGUUGCCAUCCCGAUCCGUACGAUGUUGUUCUCCCGCCUCGCGAUAUUCGCCCUCGCCAUUCUCACUGAAUCGAUCGUCGCUCUUCCAACAUCCGGGUCUAUCGCUCCCAUACCUCGCCCGGGUAUCGAAAUAUGGCAUAUCCCCACAAUGGAGCUACACAUGAUGACUCGCCAUUCCGGUUUGCCAGGCGGCGGUGGCUGGCCCGAGAGCACCAAGUUUCCCUCGACUAUGGACUUCGAUAUCAUCAUGCCCAACAAUCAAAGUACACACUGCUAUAUCGAGUUUGCUAAUGGUACGCUACCGAGCGAUCCCGCAGUCUGUACCGGCGAGAUGAGCAAAGUGAUCUUCAGGCUCUCCGAAUAUGCAGCGCUGGGACCGAGGAGGAAAGAACUCAGCUUCGUGCUCGAGGUGUUUAAGUUAGAAACGGUUGCGUAAGUUCCUAAUGAGUAUGUCUUAUGAUUAGAAUGCA